CAGAGGAGCGGGACACGGUUCACUGUGCGUUGCAUUAAAAAGGAACAUUCAGAGGAAAAUGAGUGCUGUUACAUCGCUUGGGGCGCAUGUUUUUAUGACAACAUAUCUACUCUUCGUAAUGGGAUGCGUUGCACAGAAAGUAUACUUUGACUGUGGUGCCAAGGUGGAUGUGGUGGAUGUCCAAGGCCUCAUUCUGUCUCCUGGCUUCCCCUACAACUACUCCUCUGGGACACACUGUGUUUGGCAGUUCUUCGUACCUGUUGACUACCAGCUGAUUCUGGAGAUAUUUGACUUUGACGUGUUUGAAAGCCAUGACUCAGCUGCACAGUACUCUGCCAUCUCUAAUUUUGAGGAGGAGGAGGCGGACGAAGAGGUGACUUUCACUCCUGGAGGCUUAAUGUCUGAUGAAGCUUCUUCAGAGUUUAAAGAUCCAAUGAUUCUAAACAUAGGGGGCGUCACAAAAACUCAGCAGUCCUCCAAGGAUGCUGAGGUCAAACAAGUAGUGGUCCAGGAGCAGUCCACAAAGAUGGAGAUUGCCAAAGUCUCAAAUUCUGCCAAAAGAUCCACAGAUGUUUCAUCUGUCCUGUCCUCGCCCCCUCCUCCCUCUCUUCACCUCCUACCUGGGGCUGGUCCUGCAGGGGAUAAAGCUGUCAACUCUGCCUCCUUAUCCCAUCUCAGGGGAGAGCUCAUUCCCAGUUCUAAUCCAAGCCUUGUUGUGGGUGAGACCACCCUUGCCCCUCCACCUUCCACUGAAACGCCAGCUGUGAGCCCUGAAACCCAGCACUCGAUACUCGAUGCUUGCCCCCAUGAUGUCCUCUACAUCUCGGACCUCAUCACCUUCUCCUCCAGGUUCUGUGGCUCCAACCGGCCUCCGAGCAGCCAGCUGGUGUUUGGCUCCAGCCAGGAGAUGGUGGAGGUGAUCAUGGAGUUAAUCACUACCACUCACUGGGGUCGUGGCUUUGCCCUUCUUUUCCACUACCACAACCUGACAGAACCAGGAGGGGACCGCCGAGCCACCGCUCUCACAGCCGUCAAGGUAGACUCCCUGCUGGCUGCUGUGAGUGGAGCUGCCUUCUUUGCUAUGAUACUUACAAGUGCCCUCUGCAUCAUUUUCAGACCCAAACUGUGUCCGAAAAGAGCAAGCUCCUGUGCAUCCAGCAACUCUGAGGUGCCGGAGGGGGUCCAGAACACCAGGACUGAGGUCAGCGAGCUGCAGCUGAUGGCUGAGAAUCAGACCAACCUGGAGGCAACAACAGAACAGGACAACAACAAUGGCAGCCUGCCACACACAGUCAGUGCUGGCGGUGACAUUUCCCAGAACGAAGAGGUAGACCUGUCCUGCAGCGGUCUGACUGAACUCGACCUUGGAGCAGACGAGGUUUUCAUUGUAUCUUCAGCCCCCAGCUCAAACAGACUACCAUUCUCUCCUCAUACACAGCGAGAGAGGCUUCAGAGGCACAGUGACACUGGUCCCGGCCCUGCAGGGGACUGGCCCUCACCAGAUUCCACAACCUCACCGAAUGGCUCCAGGCCCGGCAAGGAUGGCAGCAGCGGCUGUUCCAGACCGAGAGCUUGGAGCGUACGCACUUUCCAGGACUUCCUCCCUCCUCUGCCGCAGCUGCAUAAGAAGUGGUGCAGCUGGAACUCCACCAGUCCCUUCACCAAGCUGGUGGACAGCACUCCAUCCAGUUUGGUGGCUGACUGCAGGGAGAGCGAGGGCAGGAAGGUCUUCUCCGAUGGUCACCUUGAGGCCAAUGCAGACAACAGCACCAUCUCUGACUCCUCCAUGAGCAACGCUUCCUACCCCCUCACACAGCCUGCUCAGAGGCAGCGGCGUCUCAACUCCACCAGUAACCUGCGGCGCUCCCGCUUCACAGGGCACUGCUUCGGCCUGCUCUCUGGAACAGCAGACCCAGCAAAGGCUGCCGGGCUCCCUCAUGCACCAAGCUCCCCCUCAGAAUCCAGUCCUGGCUCUCCUUCCUCCGCCCAGUGUCAGAUGGAGAGCGGCCAGGCCGGGAAGAGGUUCCCCGGAGAAGCCGAUCACAUCAGCGUUCCCGUGUUCGCCAUCUCUGAGGAGGAGGACCGACAGCCUCUGGUCUCAGCUGAGCACCUGGACCAGACCUCUGCCUCCACUGUGCUGAACGGAGCGAUAAGAGGCAUGUAUGAAAAGAAAAGGCCUGCCGAUGGAAGCUGCAGCCCCCAGAACCAGAGAGCCAGGCCUGAGUGGAGGCCAUGGGGGAGCCAGGUGUCAGGAGGGGUGGGGCUGCUCCCAUCCAAUGAGUCAAACAAAGUCAGUAACAGCCAGCCGUCUCUUGGUCAGUCCACAGUGCUGUGCAGUGUGACCAACCACAUGUGACCCCACAGCCUUGAAGAGCAAAGACUCUGGUGGGCCAGUUAAACUUUUCUGAACUCUGUUAGUGCCACUUUGUAAAAUAUAUAACCUUUAAUUUCUUUACUUUCUGAAUUCAAGUAUCACAAAAUGAUUACUACAUAUUCUGUAGCCUCAGCUGCUGCUGGCAGAUAUAUCCUCCUCACUCUAGCUGUUUUUGUAUUUUUAUAUUAUUUUGUUUGGACAAAGAUGGAAUAAUAUGCUGCUUACUAUGCCAAGGCUCUGACUGCUGUGGUAGUAUGUGUUUAAAAAAGAUGAAUGAUUGCAAAUGUUAACAAAAAAGUAUUAUCUGAGCAAUUAUCCAUAACCCCCAACACUUAGGAGCACUUUUUAAAACCAGAUUUAUUAACCAGUCCAAUGCUAUUCAGCGAGUUAUAAUACUCCAACCAUUGCACUUUGCUUUCAAUAGCUCAUUCAUUGUGGAUUUUGUGCUGCUCAUGCCAGAUUCCUUUUUUUUUCCUAAUGUUUAUUUCUUAGCGCUGGAUAAUGAAUGCUUAUACAAUGACUUAUUACCCAAAAGUGUUCUGCAGAGCAUAGACUGUACAUGCAACUAUAUGUGGAUCCAGUAUGUACUCCUAAGGCUCUAUCUGGAUUAUAAAAGGGAAAUCAAAUGUCAAAGCAUAUAGAGUACUACUACACACUAUUAUGUAGUAUAAAGAGAGAACUAGCAAUCACAAUAGUAUUUAAAAUGAGUUAUGAAUUAUGUAAAGUUUUAAUAAAGGAUAUGCCAUUCA